AGAAGAGAAUAAUAAGGAUGCUCUCAAUGAAGUUCCUGUUCUUUGCAAUUGCGCUGACAGAAGCAUUCGUAAAACCAAUAAAUAAUGAGCUCAUAUCCAGAACCUUGGACCAAUCUCCUUGCUCCUGCCCAAAACUUACUAACGUAGCUCACCCUUGCGAAAGUGGAUGGACUUAUUACAACGAAACGGGUGCUUGCUAUAAGAAUUUCUUCUCGGCAACCUUCAAUACUGCCGAACAACUAUGUAUUACUGUUGGAGGACACCUGACUUCAAUUCACAGCUGGAAAGAAAAUCUUUUCGUAGCUGAGUUGGCAAAAUCGGGUAUAAGUCUUUCUACUUGUUGUGAACAGGCGACUUGGAUAGGUUUGGUACAAUCACCUUAUUUGGAUAGCAAUUGGACAGAUAGCUGGAUGUGGACUGACGGCACAAAGGUUGACUUUCUAGCAUGGACACCAAGACACCCAGUAAAGGAAGGGAUCGAAUCCAACAGACACUGCGUAGUGAUGUAUCCCGAUCCUUUUGCUACCAAUAUCACUGAAACUGCACUUGCAGCAUAUCAGAAAUGGUCUAACCUUUACUGUGGCCUUCAUAUGCGAUCGUUUGUAUGCAAGAAAAUGGCUUUGCAUUAGAUGAGAAAUAAAAGUGCGUUCA